CGAGUCACUCGAGAGGCACACGCUAGAACGUCAGUUGUCAGUUCUCCAAAAAGUAUAAUAUAUAUUAGUUUCGUAAAAAAUCUAAAAAUAUCCGUUGCUCUAGAUGUGUAUUGAAUUAUUUUUCACCUAGACGUGAAAGGAACUUGAAGCUUGCACAAAGCAUUAUUUUUUAACUGAGUAUUUUUACAAGAAGUGAUGAGAUUUUAAGUGUUUUCGGAAAAUCAAUUUCAUUUGCUUAUGUAUAAAAUUUCUAGAUUUUCGUGUAGUGAAGAUAGUUGUUGGAGCAAUGACCAGAUGUUUCAUUAUCAAAUUCUUAUUGUUAUUAGGAUACAAGAAUAUUCAGGCUUGUGUGAAAUUGGCUAAUUUUGAGAGUACACAAUGGAAUCUGUCACUUUAGAACUAAGACCUCGAUUGCAAUCUCUUAAUGCUUAUAUUUCUUUAGAGAAAAACAUUGAUACUACAGAGAUCAAAGUCAAGUUAUUGGAAGAUGCCAUAGAAAUUCAAAUUGAAGAUAAAACUUAUAAAUUACCCUUAUGCAAUAUUAAGUUACUACCAUCUUCGUUGUCUUCAUUAGGAAUAACAAACCGUUGGAUAUCUUUUCGAAUCCAGACUCAAUCUAAUUCAAUUUAUGGUAGGUUUGAAACAGAAUUUAUUAGUGCUGAAAAUCAAUUGAGUACCAGUUCAACACAUAGCUUGCAAACAGUCAAGCUUCCUCCAAAAGGCGUUGAUUGUAAGUUGCUUUGUGAUUGCUGUAAAAAUGAAAUAACAAAUCUUGUAAAUUUUCAAAGGAUUUUACCAUUACCAAGUAGUGAUUGCGAUCCACAAGAAUGGUUUUGUUGUAAACAUGAUGGUGAUGAACCAUUUUCUCUUGAUCCAAAAGAGUCUGAUUUAUUCUAUUCAAUAAAUUAUUCAAUUUUAAAUAAACACGUCUUCCAAGAGAAUUUAAAGCUAAAAAAUUCUUUAAUUCAUUGCAAUCGAUGUUUAUCAAUUCUGGGAUCAUCAAAUCCAAAACAACCAAGAAAUUUGAAAUUAUGGAAUUGUUGCAUUGAAUAUGAAUUAUUAGAAAAUACUAGUGCUAAUACCAUUAAAGGAUCACUAUCACCAUUAGAAGAUUUUUUAUCAACUGUAAAAUAUACUGCUGAUCUUAUUACUGGUGAAAAAUUACUUCUUGAAGCGCAAGAUGUUAACAGUGUUCAUUACAUGUUAUUGAGACCUAUGGAAACAAAGUUGAAUGUUUUUACUGAAGAUAAAGAUAAUUCAAAUGACCAAAUACUUAAUUUAAAAUCUUCAUUUAUUGUGAAAGUAUUAUACAAAUAUGGAGAAAGUGAAAAAUCAUCAAAAAUUGGUGAUCCUGAUAUCAAAUAUUGUGAAUUAGCUUUACCCAGCAUUUUAGCUGGAAUGGAUCAACUUGUAUCAUCUAGUAUUCGAUUUCCUCCUGCUUAUAGAAGAGCGGAAGAUUUCUACAUUGGGUAUCUUUCUUUGUAAUUUAAUAAUCUAUAUUAAGAUUGUCAUUUUAAAUAAAUUUUAAAACAAAGUGAAAAGCUAAUUUAUAU